CCCCCUCUCUCUCUCUCUCUCUCUCUCUCUCUCUCUCUCUCAUCCUUUCCAAAAACCUAAAUUCAUCACCGCAGCACCGCACACACAACACAACACAACCGCUUCUCCAAAUCCAAUCGCUCACUCGCUCGCGUUUUCUUUCAAUCAUAAUAAAUAUGUCUGGGGAACAUUUUGGAGUAGAAGAUGUUGGUUAUGUUCCUGAGAAUUUGGAAUUUCCGCAAAACCAUUCCGAUGAACACGAUCAAGGGAAUGUGAUUGAUGACUCUGGAUUUCCUCAACUGCAGCAUGAUGAUGUUGAGGGCGAGGAUGAUGAACAUGUGGGUAGUUUGGGUGAGGAUGUAAAUCUUCUUGAAAAUCAAUUUGAUGGUCAUGAUGUGGAAAAUUUUCCUGAAAAUCAAUUUGAUGGUCAUGAAGUGGGAAAUUUUUCUGAAAAUCAAUUUGAUGGUCAUGAUGUGGACAAUUUUCCUGAAAUUGACGAUGCUCUUGCUGAUGCUAUUGCCGAUGUUCUUCCACAAGAGGAUAUUACCGAGGAACAAAAUGAUGGAGGAGAUCAUGUGACUGAGAAUUUUGGAUCGCCGGAGAAGCAGGUACCUGGUGGGGAAGAUUCAAAAGGAGUUCAAAUAAAGAAGUGGCCUGGGUGGCCUGGAGAGAAUGUUUUCAGGAUGUUGGUUCCUGCACAAAAGGUUGGCAGUAUUAUUGGCCGCAAAGGGGAGUUUAUUAAGAAAAUUACGGAAGAGACCAGAGCUCGAGUUAAAAUUCUUGAUGGUCCGCAAGGAACCGCAGAAAGAGCAGUAAUGGUUUCUGCAAAAGAAGAGCCAGAUCGCCCCAUACCACCUGCUGUGGAGGGUUUGUUAAGGGUUCAUAAACAAGUUGUCAAUGUGGACCGUGAUCCUGCAGAUAGUGCAUCAGGUGCAGGACGCCCAGGUGUUACUAGGCUUCUAGUGGCUGAUACUCAAGCAGGAAGCUUGAUUGGGAAGCAGGGGUCCACUAUAAAAAUCUUUCAAGAUUCUACAGGUUGCAAUAUACGCAUUCUUGGUUCAGAACACCUGCCAAUUUUUGCCCUGCGGGAUGAUAGUAUUGUUGAGAUACAAGGGGAAACUGCUGGAGUUCACAAGGCAGUUGAACUUAUUGCACUUCAUCUACGCAAGUUCUUGGUUGACCGCAGCAUAGUCGGAGUAUUUGAAACACAGAUGCAACGGCCAGAUGUUCGAGUUAACCAGAAUGUGCCACCACACCAACCUUGGGGGCCUCCACCUCAAGGGUUUCAUGCUCCUGGUGGUGGACAUUCUUUUCCACCCAAUCCUCAAUAUAUGCCACCUCCACACAACUAUGACAAUUAUUACCCACCUGCUGACCUGCCUCCCAUGGACAAGCUCAUGCAUCAGGGUCCACCACCUGCCUAUGCAAGGGAUGCCGGAAUACAUUCGUCCAGUGGGCAGACACAACAAUCUGGUGGAACUAAGGUCACACAGCACAUGCAAAUCCCCCUUUCCUUUGCGGAUGCUGUUAUUGGGGCAUCAGGAGCAAAUAUUAGCUACAUUCGUCGAGCUAGUGGAGCAAGUAUUACAAUUCAAGAGACAAGAGGUGUGCCAGGGGAGAUGACUGUUGAGAUAAGUGGUACUGCUUCACAAAUACAGGCAGCCCAACAGCUAGUUCAGAAUUUCAUGGCUGAAGCUGCAAAUGCUGCUGCGGCGGCGGCACAAGAUCAUAUGGGAGGAUCAGUUAACCAGGGCUAUAAUUCCUAUCCUACUAAUGCACCUGUUUAUGCAUCUCCGCCAUCAAGUGCUGCAGGCCAUGCGCCUUCUGCAGAUUAUGGUUCUGUAUACGGCACCAACUAUGGCUAUUGAGAAUAUUACAUUCAAUUUUAGUUGAGGAGCCUUACGUUUUUUUGUAAACAAUUCGUUCAAUUUUAGUUACGAUUAUUGUAUUUUAGUUGUACUGCAUUUGGUAUAAUACUUGGAUAGAAUUUAGAGAAUAUGAUAAUUUGCUAAGAUUUUUUAA